UUGUAUAUGGAACGUAACAAUCAGACCUGAGAAUGAGGUGGAUGCCUUUUCUUUUAUUAACUAAAAAACAAAAACCUGUUCCCCUCUAGUCAGUUCUGACUCAGGGUGACCCUGUGUGUUACACAGCAGAAGUACUCCAUUCUUGUCUGUAAUUAUGGAAGUAGAUCGCCAGACCCUUCUUCCAUGCAGUGCUGGGUGGGUUCAAACCGCCAACCUUUAGCUUAGCAGCUAAUCUCAGACUGUUUGCUAUACCCAGGCUCCUGUGUAUUAGCUGUAAAACCCAACCAAACCCAUUGCCGUCGGGUCGAUUCCAAGCUGUAGAUACCUGUAAAGUUGUAGACCUGUGAGGACCUUUGUUUUGCUCUGACCGACUCUGGUCUGUGUCUUUCAUUUCCAGAUGAUGUGCGAGGUGAUGCCAACCAUCAGUGAAGCAGAAGGCCCCUCAGGAGGAGGCGGGAGCCAUGGGUCCAGCUCCCCAUCCCAGCCUGACGCAGACUCCCAUUUUGAACAGUUAAUGGUCUCUAUGCUGGAAGAAAGGGACCGUCUUCUUGAUACGCUGAGAGAGACUCAAGAAACGCUGGCGCUCACCCAGGGGAAAUUACACGAGGUUGGGCACGAGCGAGACUCCUUGCAGAGACAGCUCAACACUGCACUUCCACAGGAGUUUGCAGCACUUACGAAAGAACUGAACGUAUGCAGGGAGCAGCUCCUUGAGAGGGAAGAAGAAAUCGCCGAGCUAAAAGCAGAAAGAAACAACACCAGGCUCCUGUUGGAACACCUGGAGUGCCUGGUCUCCAGACACGAGCGCUCCCUCAGGAUGACGGUCGUCAAGAGACAAGCGCAGUCGCCAGCAGGCGUAUCCAGCGAAGUAGAAGUUCUCAAGGCACUAAAGUCAUUAUUUGAACACCACAAAGCUCUGGAUGAAAAGGUGAGAGAGAGAUUACGAGUAGCACUUGAAAGGUGUAGUUUGUUAGAAGAAGAGUUAGGUGCCACGCAUAAAGAGCUAAUGAUCCUUAAAGAACAGAAUAAUCAGAAAAAAACACUGACGGAUGGGAUGCUCGACAUAAACCACGAACAAGAAGAUACGCCAAGCACGAAUGGAAAGAGGUCUUCCGGCGGUUCCCUGAGCCACGAGCAAGACCUGGCUAAGGUGGCCGAGCUGCAGGAGAUCAUAGACAGGCAGUCCCGAGAGCAGAGCCAGAUGAAGGAGCGCCUGGCUGCCCUAUCCAGCCACGUCACCGAGCUGGAGGAAGACCUGGACACCGCCAGGAAGGAUCUCAUCAAGUCUGAAGAUGUGAACACCAAGCUGCAGAGGGAUGUCCGUGAAGCCAUGGCCCAGAAGGAAGACAUGGAAGAGAGAAUCACUACUCUUGAAAAACGCUACCUCGCCGCGCAGCGUGAAGCCACGUCCGUGCACGACCUCAACGACAAGCUGGAAAACGAGAUGGCAAACAAAGACGCUGCGCGUCGACAGACCGAGGAUAAGAACCGGCAGUUACAAGAGCGCCUGGAGCUGGCCGAGCAAAAGCUGCAGCAGACUCUGCGGAAGGCCGAGACCCUCCCCGAGGUGGAGGCGGAGCUGGCCCAGAGGGUGGCUGCGCUGUCCAAGGCUGAAGAGAGACACGGCAACAUAGAAGAACGGUUGCGGCAAAUGGAGGUGCAGCUGGAGGAGAAGAACCAAGAACUGCAGCGGGAUCAACUGGUACUAAGCAUUGAAGCGUUGAGGGCUGAACUAGACCAGAUGAGGCUGAGAGGUGCUCCACUUCAUCACGGCCGGCCGCACCUGGGCAGCGUCCCGGACUUCAGGUUCCCCGUGGCCGACAGUCACACAGAUGCCUACAGCAGCAACUCAGUGUUGCGGCGCCCCCAGAAAGGCCGCCUGGCAGCUCUGCAGGACGAGCCUUCCAAGGUACAAACGCUUAAUGAACAGGACUGGGAACGUGCCCAACAAGCCAGUGUCUUGGCGAAUGUCGCACAGGCGUUUGAGAGUGACGUGGACGUGUCUGACGGGGAAGACGACAGAGACACUCUCUUCAGCUCUGUCGACCUGUUGUCGCCCAGUGGGCAGGCUGAUGCCCAGACGUUAGCCCUGAUGCUGCAGGAACAGCUGGACGCCAUCAACAAAGAGAUCAGGUUGAUUCAGGAGGAGAAGGAGAGUGCCGAGCAGCGGGCUGAGGAGAUCGAGAGCAGAGUCGGGAGUGGGAGUCUAGACAAUCUUGAUCGUUUUAGAUCAAUGAGCUCCAUCCCCCCUUAUCCCGCCUCCUCGCUGGCUGGCUCCUCCCCUCCAGGCAGCGGCCGCUCCACCCCGAGAAGGAUUCCCCAGAGUCCAGCCAGGGAAGUGGACCGACUGGGUAUCGUGACUCUAUUGCCAGCUUCCAGAGAAGAGGUACGAGAUGACAAGACAAUGAUAAAAUGUGAAACGUCGCCGCCCUCCUCCCCGCGGUCACUGCGGCUGGACAGGCUGCACAAAGGAGCCCUGCAUACGGUCAGCCACGAGGACAUCAGGGACAUAUGGAACUCGACAGGUUCCCAGGAUGGUCAUGUGAGCAACCCCAGCAGCAGUAACAGCAGCCAGGACUCACUCCACAAAGCCCCCAAGAAGAAGGGGAUUAAGUCCUCCAUUGGCCGCUUGUUUGGCAAGAAAGAGAAGGGUCGACCUGGACAAAUGGGCAAAGAAUCCCUGGGUUGCAGGCACGAAUUACUCGACGAAGCCCGGAGACAGGGUUUACCUUUUGCACAGUGGGACGGGCCAACGGUCGUCGUGUGGCUGGAGCUCUGGGUUGGGAUGCCGGCCUGGUAUGUGGCUGCUUGCCGAGCGAAUGUAAAAAGUGGGGCGAUCAUGUCGGCCCUGUCGGACACGGAGAUCCAGCGCGAGAUCGGCAUCAGCAACCCGCUGCACAGGCUGAAGCUGAGGCUGGCCAUCCAGGAGGCCGUGUCCCUGACGAGCCCGUCGGCCCCACCCACGGCCAGGACGACCCUGGCCUACGGGGACAUGAACCACGAGUGGAUUGGCAAUGAGUGGCUGCCCAGUCUGGGCCUGCCGCAGUACCGCAGCUACUUCAUGGAGUGCCUCGUGGACGCUAGGAUGCUGGACCACCUGACCAAGAAGGACCUGCGGGGGCAGCUGAAGAUGGUGGACAGUUUCCAUAGAAACAGUUUCCAGUGUGGAAUCAUGUGCCUGCGACGGUUAAAUUACGACCGGAAGGAACUGGAAAGAAAAAGGGAAGAAAGCCAGAAUGAAAUAAAAGACGUGCUUGUCUGGAGCAACGACCGAGUGAUCCGCUGGAUCCUGUCCAUUGGUCUCAAAGAGUAUGCAAACAAUCUCGUAGAGAGUGGCGUGCAUGGUGCGCUGGUGGCCUUAGACGAAACCUUCGAUUUCAACGCGCUGGCACUGUUGUUGCAGAUCCCCACACAGAACAUACAGGCCCGUGCCGUCUUGGAAAGGGAGUUCAGCAACCUUUUGGUCGUGGGCACUGACAGACGGUUCGAUGAAGACGAUGAUAAAAGCUUCAGGAGAGCACCUUCCUGGCGGAAAAAAUUCAGACCAAAAGACAUUCGUGGCUCAGCGGCUGGGUCAGCAGAGACGCUGCCUGCAAACUUCAGGGUCACUUCUUCGAUGUCCUCACCCUCUAUGCAGCCAAAGAAGAUGCAGAUGGACGGCGACGUGUCGGGGACACAGAGGCUGGACUCGGCCACCGUGCGGACCUACUCCUGCUAAUACCUGCUGUCGUUUACCCACACUACUUCUACAGGUGACGAUGCCGCGCUUCCAACCCCGCAGGACUGCGCUUCAGAAUCCCAUGGAACCCUUAAUCUGUUAAUACUUGUUAUAUGGACCCUGAGAUAUUUUAUUACAGAGUUUUUAAUUAGUGAAAAAUUCACAAAUACCAUAGAGAAAAUAUUUUAGAAUUUAAUGUUUCUUAUAUUUAUGUAAACUUAUGACUCUUCAUUUAUAUAGUUACUUACUUUUUCAUGUAUAUCCAGGCUAUAAAUAUCCUUUCAAAUCAAUCCAUGUUCUUAUACCUAAUUUUAGUCUUUCAAAUGAAUGUACUGUAAUGCUUAUAUAUAUAAAUUCUAUGAACGAAUAUGGGGCUUUUGUAAAUUAUGCAUUUAUUGUAAUUAUCACUGUUUAAUUUUUUAAUAAUAAACCAUGUCAGAGGAAAGGAUUUUACUACGUUUGUAAAACUGUUGUGACACAGCAGUAGGCGUUAUCCUUUGCAAGCGUGAAUUAGCGCCACAACAAUCAUUUUGAAACGACUUAAUUUCAAGCAACUAUUGUCAUAUUUUAAUGACUGACCUUAACUGUACUUUUUGUAGCAAGAAAUGGUUUAUUCAGCAGGAACAGGUUUCAGACAUCUGGUGUUAUUAAACAUCAGCCUCUAGUACAACUUGGACUGCACAGAACACUAGACUCUACUGGACAGGGGGCUCGUCUGCAGUGAAUGACCAGACACUGGGGGCCGGAGGGACGCUGGGCUGUCAGCUGAGGCAGCCAGGCAGACGACCGCCUCGUGCGCCUUCUCGCCAGCUCUCCUUCCGGGAGCAGGGGCUGCAGGGCGCGGGCACCGCGACUCACAGAGGACCAAUGACGCAGCGCUCUCAUUUCCCAGAUGUGGGCACACUGCCAAGAUGAAGGUGCAAGAUCCUGGAAAUAAUGUAGUACAACUUAAUAAAGGCCUUAUUUUUCUUAUGUAAAUCACCUUUUUACAUUUGUUUGUAAACAUGUUUAAAGAACGGAUCUAGACGUACAUUUUUAGAUUUUGAUGAUAUAGCCAUUUUGGAUUGUAUAAGCAGCAAAUGUAACUUUUACUUUUUAAAUGGCAUAUUAAAAAGCCAGCGAGAAA